AUGCUACCUUGGUAUGAUGAUGUUCUUUAUAUGACGGACGAAAGCUCAGCAUUUUUCAGCGGAAUCGAAGGAGAUUACCUCGGAAACAGCGUCACCAUGAAUGUUUCAGUAAAACUGGUCAAGAGGAAUCCGCCGUCGUCUUCUGAUGGACUCGACCUUCGAAACUCUUCACCAAACACUUUCACUCGAAAUGGAAGUAAGCUCGAUGAUAUUGUAGACAUUGAGUGA